GGAGAGAAUUUUACUUGGACUACCUAAAAGUGUUUUAAAUCAGUAGUUAAAUGCAAUAGUUUUUAAAAUCACCGUGAAAUUUACUUUAACGUGCCGUAUUGGUGGGAAUGGUUGUUUUGUACGGUCGGGCGGAAGGAUACACCAUCCGUGCGUUUGAAGAGGAACACCGGCCGCUUUAGGUUAGCUAGGCGUAGCCGAAGUCACUCGGGUUUAGUUUGCGUUUUAAAUUAUAUAAACAUUUUUAGUGAACAUUUACCAAAGCCGUAGGCCGCGUGUAUGGAUUUCUUGAGGUCGACGUGUCGUUGAAAGAAUCCAGGUAACGUUGCCAGAAUGCCACUACAUGGAAAAAUAGUUGUGGUUAAGCGGAGCGGAGGAGACGGAACCGAAUUUCCUCUCACUGCCUCGUGCUUGUUUGGAAGGAAGCCUGACUGUGACAUUCGUAUUCAGCUUCCCCAAGUUUCAAAGGAGCACUGCAGAAUUGACUUGAAUGAAAAUAAAGAGGUUAUACUAACAAAUUUGAGCUCAGUAAAUCCGACCUGUGUCAACGGAGAGGUGCUGCAACAGCCUGAGCGUUUGAAGAAUGGCGAUGUCAUAACCAUUGUUGAUCGUUCUUUCAGGUUUGAGUAUCCGCCGGCACCCACGCCGAAGAAAUCUAUCAAAGGAUGCAAAGGUACAACCCCAGACCAUCAUCUUAAAGAUGGAACUAACCACAACAUCCAGCGAUCACUGGAGCAAACCAAGGGGGAAGACCCCACGGAGGACGCUGACACGCAGCAAAGCAAGACAGUGUCUCCUUUUAACGAGCUCUAUCAAAUGAUCAGAGAAUCUCUAGGUGUUAAGACGACCCCUUACAAAUCUGCUGGUGUCAGAAUCCAGACUCCAUUGAGGAAAAGUAAUGUUUCCACUAAAGGCACACCAAAAGUGGCAGAGGCCACAGUCUCUCGUGCUGAAGCAGAGAGUGAAAACACAAGUAACGCUAUCCCGACAUCCGACCUGAAGCGUCGGACUUCUGAUGUGAAGACUCCUGCUAAAAAUGCAGCAAAUAUCAAACCUGAAGCGAGCUCUCCACAGACACGGCAGCGUGUUACUCCUCAGACGUUGAAUGUCAGCGAUGUUGCUGAGCGCGUUUGUACUCCGACACCCAAGUCGCCGAUGAGACGCAGGAGCAAGGAGGCCACACCGCCCAAGCAACAUGACAAAGUCAUGUCCAGUCCGCAAAAUACAAAGUCGCCGGGAGUCAUUGGGAAAGGGGUUCCUAAAAAACGCAAAAGUGAAGAACUUGACUCGCCGGCAUCACAGACGAAGAAGAAACGGGUUUCUUUUGGAGGUUACCUGGUUCCUGAGCUGUUUGACAAAAAAAUGCCCCCUGACUCUCCCCUACGCAAAGGCGAGAAUCCACGAAGGAGCCUCUGCCUCAGUAGACCUAAACAAUCACUGCUGAGACGAGCAUCAAUCAUUGGCCUGCUAAAUGUGGCUGAAAGUCCAACAAAAAAGAGCUCUGGAUCUCCAAAGGUUUCUCAGAAGAAAUCUACUAAAGGAAGCUCCCCAUCUCCAGGAAAGAAGAGUCCAAAAUCCAGGACACCUCCUCAUAAGUCUCCAAAAUCUACACCGGCGAAGUCGCCAAGUCCCAGCACACCGUCCGCGUCAAGAUGCUCUUCGGAAAUGACAUUACCAUGGACACCGUUGCCCAAGUCAGCCAAAUCUACACCAACCUCCUCCCAGCGGGCAUCUCCUGCUAUAAAGUCACUAAAACCCAAUAUGCUGUCUGCCAUUGUGACAAUGUUGGGGGAUAAAACUCCCAAAUCGAGAUCUUCCCCAACAUUUUCAGAAAAGACAUCGAAGACGCCUUCGACUAAAUCUCCUAAAUCUACACCAGUCUCACCAAAGUUGUUGUCUCUUACUCCAAAACUCAACACACAGUCUGUUGAAGCUUCAUUGUUAGUUGAAAAAUCACCAAAAUGGAGAUCUUCCUACCCGGCUUCGUCUGAAGCAACGUCAAAACUCAGCACACCGAGGAGACGAUCUUCCUCCAGCAAGAAAUUAGAAACUCCUUUGACUGUUGGCCCAUCUUGCAAGGAAACACCGACCAGCACAAAGAGGGCAUCCCCCAGGCCGAGCACUCAGGGAAUGGGCAACAAAACACCAGUGACAACGCCCCUCGGCUCCCAAAUGAACGUUUCGUCCGCACAAGGACGCUUUUCCAUCUCUCGCAUCGAAACUCCUUCACCGAUGGCCGAAGUUGCCACCGUGGAUCCAGCGCAGUCAGCCACGGUGACACCCAAAAUCCCUCUGAGAAGGAAAAGCAUGAAGAGUUCUGCACGCAAGACUUCUUUGGCAAAGAGUGCUAUUAGAGUCAUGAUCAGAAGAAGUGGCAUUUCACGGGCAUCUAUGAAAGCAAUAACUUCUUGGGCGGACACCGUCAAAUUCGGGCAGGUUAAAGUCCAACCGCCUUUCCCAGCCAAAAAGAUCGUAAAAAGUAAUUUAGCAACUACGAGGGUUGUGAAGAAGAUGGUGUCCAGACCACAGACCCCUCGAAGAAAGCAGCUGGCCCACGCGAGCACCGGACAUGCAGAGUCACCUGUUACGAUCGUUAUCGGACGAGCUUUCAAGCAGAAAGUUACGCCCCCAACCGGUGCUGCACCAAAAGUCACCUGCAACACACUCAUCUCAAAGGAAAACAUGAAAAUGGACGAGGAUUUAUCUGGAAUCACUGAAAUGUUUAAAACGCCUGUCAAAGAAGCAGAGAGGAGAUCGGAAGCCAACAAGAGCACCACAAAGGGACCAUUGCUAGUUAAUGAACCGUCUGUGCUCGAGCCUUCUGUGCUGAACACUCCCGAGGAGCCGGGUGAAAUGGUCGUAUCCCCACUCACUCUUGCGUCGACCAGAAAAGCAGGCCGAUACAAUAAAGAGGCAGUGAAGCGCCUUCUGAACUGCAGUCAAGAAUUCAGUUUCAACAGCGACCUCUCUGGUAUGCAGACCAGGAAUGAUUCUGUUGAAGAGCAGUGCACAGGAGUGAAGGCGAGCGACGUAGCAACUCCGAAGCAGAAGCCGCAACCACCAGAGUGUCUCACCGGUGUGAGGAGACUCAUGAAGACCCCAAGACAGAAGGCUGAACCUGCUGAGGAUCUGGGAGGAAAACUCUUGAAAACACCAAAACAAAAAAUUGAGCAACAGGAAUGCCUCACCGGCGUAAAGAGGAUGAUGAGGACCCCCAGACAGAAGACUGAGCCUGUUGAGGAUCUGAGAGGAAAACUUCUGAAAACUCCAAAGCAGCAGUCUGAGCAAAAGGAAUGUCUAACUGGAGUUAAAAGAAUUUUUAACACUCUGAAACAGAGUGAAUGCAUUAGAGGAGUUUCCAUUGUAGGUCAGAAUUGGAAGGAAGGAGAAGUUGCUGAUGUUUCUCUGAGUGGUAUUCCAGACCUUCUGGACACCGCAGCAAAAGAUUCGCAUAACUUACCAACACCAGCUACGGAAUCGCAAGACCUACCAGAACAGACCAAGUCAGCAACUCCUGGAGUGAGCAACUCCCCGAUAGCGAACCUUGCGGGUACCAAGCGAGUAAUGAAAACGCCUAAGCAGAAAAGCGCACCUGUUGAAGAUAUUUUUGGAAUUGAGAGGCUUAUGAAGACUCCCAAAGUGCGGAGUGAGCCAGUGGAGGAGAACUUCGGGAUCAAACAGCUCAUGAAGUCACCCAGGCUUAGGGGCCGAGCUCCCUUAGAAGAUUUUGAGGGACUUCAAGAGCUCAUGGAGGAACCCGUCGAGUUUAAAGAUCAGCCUGCAAGUUGUUACUUGGAUGAAACAAAAGGACAACCAGAAGAGAUUGUGUCAUCCGGUGUAACCCGUGACAUGCCACAAGUUGACAUCACAAAAGAGAUAACUGAGGUUUUGGCAGAAGUUCCCAAUGUUGCUUCUGAGUCAUCAGACACGGAGGAAGCAGUUUCACAGACUGUAAUUGAGGAUGCACCAAGAGUGACAGAAAUGGACAUGGCUUCUCUUGAAUCAGCCAAUACAAUGAAAUCAGUCCAAGGUGAAAGGACUAAAGUAGAGGAUGAACCGAUGGGAACAAAAUCUUCUUCAGAUCCUGUUGUCUCAGCUCCUGUCAGAGGAAGAAGGGGGAAGAAUGUAGAACGCACUGAGCCACCUGCAGAAGAAGCCGUGGCUGCCCCUAAAACGAAAAGAGGAAAAUAUGCCAGGAAGGUUGAGACAGUCCAACAGACUUUGCCAGAGCCUGAGAUUGAACAGAGUCUCCCAGUGGAUAAUGAACCUGCAAUGAACAACAGUGUUGGAUCUUUGGAAAAAGAGGCUGUGAAACCGAGAAGAGGAAGAUACGCCAAAAAGGUUGAGACAGUCCAACAGGUUGCCCCUGCAACGUUCCCAGAGCCUGAGAUUGAGCACAGUCUCCCAGUUGAUAUUGAACCCGCAACGAACAACAGUGUUGGACCUUUGGAAAAAGAGGCUGUGAAACCGAGAAGAGGAAGAUACGCCAAAAAGGUUGAGACAGUCCAACAGGUUGCCCCUGCAACGUUCCCAGAGCCUGAGAUUGAGCACAGUCUCCCAGUUGAUAUUGAACCUGCAAUGAACAACAGUGUCAAACCUCUGGGAAAAGAGGCUGUGAAACCUAGAAGAGGACGAUCUGCCAAAAAGGCCUCGGAACAAAUUGAAAAGGUCCCUGAAGCUGCUGCUGAAGCUUUGUCGGAGCCUGACAGUGAGCCAAGUCCCUCUGAGAAUAUUGAACAUCUAAUGAGUGACAGUAGCACACCUUUGGAGAAAGUGGCCGCGAGGCCCAAAAGAUGUGCCAAAAAUGCCUCAGAACCAAUAGAAACAACGGCUUUAGCUGCGACUGAAACUUUGCCAGAACCGAAGAGUGAGCAGACUCUCGCAGUUGAUAGUGAACCUGUAAUAGAUCAAAGUGUUGCACCUUUGGAAAGCGAGUCUGUUAAGCCAAAAAGAGGAAGAUAUCCCAAAAAGGUCUUGGAACAAACUGAAACAAUCCCUGUGGCUCCCACUGAAAUUUUGCCGGAGCCUGAUAUUGAGCCUCCAGUGAAUGAAAAUAUGGCACCUUUGGAAGAGGCUGUGAAACCCAAACGAGGAAGAAAACCCAAACACUUUUCUCAGUCGAAAGAAGCUCAGAUUUCCUCCUGCAGUGAUGUUUCCCAAGAUAACACUGCACAAGUUUUAGAGAGCGGUGGUGACCACGAGGAGCUGAUGCCAAGUGAAGACCAGGAAAAUAAAUCCUCAGAUCCUGCUAAGGGUUUGCUAGAAGUCAAGACUGCAACAGAGAAAGACCUCGUUGUCGUUCAGAAGCCUGUUCGAGGCAGACGUGGCAAACUUGUAGAAGAUACAGUUGAGGAAGAGAAGCAGGACGCAGCUUUUGAAGAACCUCACGUCUCAGCUCCAGUCAGGGCCAGAAGAGGGAAGAGAACCGAAGCAACCGCACCACCCGCAAUUAGACAAAGUACCAGAAAUAGAAACGCAAAGACAAAGGAAGGUGCUUCUGAUGCUCAGUCUGCAACGGUGCCAGAGAAAGAUUCAGAGUUAAAUUUGGUGACCGAAACUUCAGAAACUUACACUAGGCAAGAUGAUGUCAAAAAAUCUGAUGAGGACUUAGUCAAGAAGCCUGGUCGGGGCAGAAGAGCUAAACAAACACCUAUUGAACCCCUUCAGCCAAAACUCGAAAAAACACCAGAGAGUGAACAGCUUUUUGUUUCUGAACAACCGCUGCUACCAGCACCAACUGAUAAAACGGGAAGAGGGAAAAACGUGAUCUCUGAGACAGUCGAGCUAGAGGAACUUGUAGAAGAUGAAGUCAUCUCUGAGGAAACCAAGCUUCAGUCCAAGCCUCUCGCCAGAACCAGGGGAAGAAACGCAAAGCACAAAAAAGAGCUAGAUAAUAGUGACAGCACCUCCACGCUAGCGCACUCUUUACUCCAGGAGAUAAAAACAUCAAGUGAUCAAACUGUUGAUGUGGAAAAUCCUGUCCAAGUGCAAGUUGAUGCACCACAGCUGUCCGAACCAGAGCACAUGAGCGAAAACACUUCCAGCAGUACAAAAACAAGGCGAGGAGUGGUAGAAAAACUGAAGCAAGAAGCAGUUGCUCCUGGAUUACCAGAGAGCCCAGAUGGUCCGAUUGAGACUCCAACAGAAAAACCCAAACGAGGAAGGCGAACAAAACAAGUGGAAGAUCGUACCGCCCCAGAAAAACCAGAGGAAACUAAUAUUGGAACAAGACGAGGGGCAGGGAAAGCAACGCAAGAAGUCGCUGUUGAAUCUGCAGAGAACAACGAUGGUCCUGUUGAGACUCCAACAGAAAAACCCAAACGAGGCAGUAGAGCGAAACAAGUUGUUACCACCUCUGAAGUCAAGGAAAAACCUGAACCUGAGCAGAAACGGCAAAGGGGAAGAGGUUUGAAAGCCAAUUUGGAAAAUGAGACCCCACAAGUGGUACCGGCCAAGAGAGCACGGCGAGGGCCAGCCCCGGCCAGUGAGGAGCCUAAAGAAGUUCCAGAGCCAGCUUCAGUCGAACCGGUCAAAAGGGGAAGACUACAAAAACUCUUAAGAUCAGUGAACUGGAACCCGGAGGUCGAAGUCCACGAGGUUCCAAAAAGAUCCACGAGAGUGGUGCGAGGCAAGAGGUCGAGCCCCAGCGAUGACGCUGAGACUCGAAGCCAGAGUGAGUCAGAGAAUGCUGAUAAAACUGAAGAGGACCUCUCAGAAAAAGCGGUGGAAUCCCAGCCUGCCAAGAGAGCCAGGCGAGGGGCGAAGGUUGCAAAUGAAGCGGAGUCCACUAGCAAGGUUGCCACCAAGGAAGCUCAGGAUACUCAGGCUCAGCCCAAAACACGAAAAGGAAGAUCAGCUAAGAAAUGAGCACCUCUGUAUAAAAGCUAAUUGGAACGCUUUUGUUGUUGUUGCCAUAAGACUUUUUAAAUUGGCUGUUUUAUGUAAUAAAAAGUCUUUUGGGUUCAUGUUUUGGAUUGGAAAGUCAGCACUAUUUUUUUUUUUUUUUUUUAACAGCAGGGAACUUUAUUUUUUACUUCUAU